GCACAACCUGCAGCAGGUGGUAUGGCUGGCAGGCAGAGGCAGGAGGCAGGAUGCUCAUGCUCACCCGUUCGGCGUGUCUUCCCUCAGUAACAAGUGUUGGCCGUGACGUUUGUGUGGAAAUCACGCGCGUCACCCCCUAUCAACUACUGUAGCUUUGCCUCAAAAAAACUCUGAGUGGAUACGAACAAAUUUCAGUGUUUUCUAGUGUAGUGCACUUUAUUAGGAUAAACUAUUCUUAACGAAUCAAGGCAUUACGACUCUGGAAUUGAGGGAAUAUGAGAUCAAGAGACUACUUGAGCGGCUUCUUCUUGUUUUGUCUUAUAGCACGUAGUUGGACAUUCCACGUGGAGCUGCGUGCACCGCGCUACGUGUCACUGGGCAGCUCGGCCAUCUUGAAAUGUGACUACAGUGUGUCACACGAAAUGGUGCACAAGGUUGAGUGGCUCAGGCAUGGCAAGAAGAUUUUUCAGUACGUAAAAGGCCGCCGACCUCCGUUCCGCAAUUACACUAUUCCCGGUGCUUACAUGGAUUGGUUGAGCAGCAACGAGCGGCAGUUGUGUUUGCGCAAUUUGGACUUCGAAGCGUCGAGUGUGUACUCAUGUGAGGUGACAACUGAAACGCCCAUUUACACAAAGCCUUCCGAAGAACGAGAGAUGACAGUAGUCCAAAGUCAAAUGGAAGAUCCACGAAUAUCGUUCAGAAAGCCGACCUACUCGGUGGGAGACUGGAUAGAGGUGAAUUGCACUUCGGCUCCAGCCAAUCCCACGCCGCAUGUCACUUGGUUGCUGAAUGGAAAACAGGUGGAGAAGGACGCGUUGAAGUCAUUCAAACAGAAGCGAACUUCUUCUGUGACCACGCAGCUGAGGUUUCAGAUCCAGGAAGACCAUCGUGAACAGCUGGAGCUCACCUGUCUGGCCACCAUUCCGAACUUUCUGGGUCAUGACGCCACCAACACUGAAUAUGCUGACCAUAGGGCACAAAGCAUAGCCAUUGAGGUGAAGUCGCCACCACCUGAGUUGAACACCAUCUCCGAUCACAGCAGGAGUGGCAGCAGUCGAAUCUCCUCCAUCCCUCUACUGCAAUGCAUCGUUUCAUCGUUGCUCAUGCUUGCACCAUACGCCAGUCAACUUUUGCCAACAAAUCAUCGAAUUGCUAUUCGGCAGCUAGUCUAUAAUAACAAUUCGCCGUCGAGUUCCAUUUAAAACCUUUGAAUUUGUCAUUGACAUUUCAAUUUGACGAAUUUUCACCUACUUGUUUUGUACGGUACGGGCCUAUUUUUAUAUUUAUACUAUAUGCGGAAACUUUUGAAUGAUUAACUCAUAUCUCAUAAAAUGUAAAUUAUUUAAAAAAAACUUUAAAACAAUUAUUUUCGAAUUGGAUAAAUUAUUCGCAUUUUGUUGCUUCAUUUAAAGUAGCUUUCACUGACUCAGAUAACAAUCACCCCCCCCCCUCCCAUCAAAGUAGAUCGCUCCUUUUAUGAAAGUUGAUCAGUGAAUAAUUGAUUUCAGCCUCACCGAUUAUUAUUUUUACAUGGAUAAUUGUUGGGCAAGUGGUGGGUGAGAUCACGGUUAAUUAGCUGGUCUACUUUUUUGAGUUGUGAGUAGGCUACUGUUGCAGAAUUUUCUCUUUUAAAAUAAUGGGGAUGAAUAAUACUUUCCGGUAUUAUGAAUUUAUUGUCUAAGAAAUCAUGCACUCGUUGCUUUAUAUACAGUGAGCUGACACAACUGCGAUACCUUUGUCAAAGCAACUCCACUAUCAUGUUCUUCUUUUUAGAGCUAUUUUUCGAAUACUAUCAUCAUUCAAUUGGAAUAGUUUUGUUCGUAGAUCAUGAGGUUCUAUAAUUGAAGAUGGAUGAGGUUGUAUUUUGUUUAUAAGUCAGUUGAAAUUUAUUUUCUUAAGAAGUUCUAUGUACUACUGGGUGGAUUAAACUGAUUGAACGGAACAAAAGGAUUGUAUGUUUUUGUACAGUCUCAUAUAAAUGAGAUGAGAUUUCCAAGUAAAUUGUAUAAUAAUCAUCACAAAAGACUCCAAUGUAGGCUUUAUAGUCUUAUUACUCUAAACAUAUCCAAUGCCUAAGCAAUGAUUCUUCUUGGUGUAUUUUAAAUGGCUGUGAUCUAGGUAUGCAAAUCCGAUAGGAUUAAAUGUUUUAUCUCUCCUUAUAGUAUAUUAUUCAAAGUAUGUUUCAUAAUAUAUUGAUUAAGACCAAUCCAUCGUUUAGUCUUAUGAACUAGUAAUUAUUAAGUCUCGUGCUGAGAUAUCAGCCAAUAUUCAAUGCAGUAGGCUACUGAGUUGCAUAGAUAGAAUUCAUCAACUGAGAUUUCCAAGAUCUGCUAAAUGCAUAAAGGUAAUUAAUUCUUUGAGCUUCAAGGUUCUGAUUCAUAAUUUAUUAUUGAUGACAGUGCUACCCUUUGAUGGUUUAAUACAAUAUUAUUAUUCAUUGAGUAUGUUAUUGAAUCAAUUAAUCCAGAUGUGAAAACCUUCUCAUUGUGAACAUAAUGUAUAUAUUUUAUCUGAAUCGUUGUGAUAUGUGUACAUAUUUUGUAAAUAAUCACGUUCAAUAUAUUACUAAAAUUUACAGAAAAUUAAUAAUUUUGAUGCGACUUAGACCACUGCAGAAAACCCAGAAUUUGUUAUCAUAGUAUUAAUUUAUUGAUGUGUAAUUCUGGCCUGAAUUAUUAUUCAAAUACAAUCUCUUCGCAUUAAUUGAAGGGAAUUUUUAUAUCUCUAUGGAAUAUCAUGAUAUAUAAUCAUCAUAAUGAAGGAUUAAAGAUCUAAUUUUGAUGCAACUUGGACCACUGCAAAGAACCCAGAAUUUGUUAUCAUAGUAUUAAUUUAUUGAUGUGUAAUUCUGGCCUGAAUUAUUAUUCAAAUACAAUCUCUUCGCAUUAGUUGAAGGGAAUUUUUAUAUUUCUAGGGAAUAUCAUGAUAUAUAUUCAUUAUAAUGAAGGAUUGGAGAUCCAAAAAUUAAGAAAUGCGGAGUUCAUGAUGAUCAAUUACCGAAUUUGAAACGCAAGGUAUACUUGAUAUGCAUUGCCUGUUGUAAGGAAAAAAUACAUUGCCUAUGAUAGCAAAAUAGAAAAUAAAUUUGGACCUAUAAAUGUAUGUCUCCUAUUUGAAGAUGUUGGGAGAAAAAUCACCCACCCCUUGAUGAUUAAACUCACAUCAAUUUCAUCCCUUAUGAUUCACGAAUAUCAGAGAGUUACCACAGAUCUCUAAAUAAAUUCGUUUGAUCUCGAUCAGAAUUAGAUAUUUUCCCUAAAACUGAUGGCAUCCACACAACUUUGUUAUUAGACCACAAUAACUCAGUCAAUAUUACGUAUUUACGGUUUCCCAUUAUUCAUUGAUGAAGAGUCCUAUUCAUUUAUUUGGAAGCUGUAUUGAGAUGGGUUUUUACUUUCAUCUGGCGAAGAAGAAAAAUUGAGGGUUGAAACUGAGAGGAAAAAGAGAUAAUGGAUUGGUCAGAGUAAAGCUACGUGAAGAAUUCCGAUACAGGCUCUUGGAGCGGAUGGAUGCAAUAAAGUAUUAUACCGUAUCUCAUUCCUGUCCCUUUUUAUACUCCCUACAAAGAUAAAGAAGAAUGUAAGUUUCUAGAGCUGAUCAAAGCGUGAGAAGAAAAUUUCUUCAAUAGCACCGCAAAAACAAUAUCACACAAAGGAUGUGUUGAAUAUUUCACAUGAUCGGAUGAUUUUUUUUCAAUUCAAGGUUUAGGAUUUUUUGAGGUGGAAUGUUUCGUUUGUGAAACUACGGACAAGUUUGCUUAUCUAUGGGCACAAGUCAUGUUUAGUUCGAUGAAAAUAUACUUAUUUUAUACUUAAGUUAUUUUUGGGGAAGAAAAUUAUUGCUAACAGAAAUAAUCUAUAAACAACAAAUUGCAACUUUUCUAGCCAACAGCCUAGAAGAGUUGACUGCAGCUCAUAUCAUUAUUAUGAGCUUACACACCUUACUUCCCAUGCUUAAUGAAUCCUUGUAAGAAAAUCUCAGCUUAAUACUGGUUGAAAAUUCUUGAGGAGCUAUCUUCUCCAGAAAAUAAUGCUUCAUUCAAAUCCUUCCAAUAUACGAGUAAUCAUUGUUAUUUAUUAUUGAUCUCCAUUGAUACAUAAUUGAUAAAUAUUCACUAAUUCAAAGCACUCCUAUUCUACAGCUAACAAAAUUGCAAAAUUCAAAACAUACUCAGCUUAGUAAAUCAAUACGAAUUGAAGAAAAUGGCAGAUAUUUCUUCGACUGUCACUUCAAUUCAAUUGUUUUCGAAAGCAGCUUUAAGAAUAAACUAUCAGCUCUCGUGCCAUACCUGAGCUUCGAAUUCUUCCUGUAUAUGCUAUGUGGUUCCUCCAAUGUGAAUCAAACACUAUAUAAAACACCAAAUAAGAAGAAAAUAGUCUAAAAAACUUCUGAAAAUUCUGAGAAAUAUAGAAAUUCAUACAUUAAUAUUUAAACAAUUUUGAAAAUAUUUUCAAAUGCUCAAUCUAUUUCUUCAACUACUUGCUGUCAAUAAAGCUUUAUUGUAAUGAUUCUACCGAUUAACUUUUGAUCUUCCAAAAAAUAUACAUCUAUGAUACUUAUUUUGUGAAUAUUAUAUUAAGUGGAUGUCAAAUGACUAAGUAAAUUUAUGGAGUAAAAUUGUAAUUGUUAUUAUUGUUUUAAAUAUUCACACUUAAUCUCUGUAUAUAAAAAUGUCACCAAUCUAUGUUUAUUAUUCUACUUAAAUUGAUAUCGAUGUUGAAACUUAUUGAAUGUUAAUUUUCAUUGUAUUACACAAAUAAUGUUGUUUGUAAAUAAAGAGUAACUUAUUUAUUAUAAAU